CGGGGAGGUGGCUCUCUCGCACCCCACACAGUCACACUCCGCGCACUCACACACUUGGAAGCGCCUCCCCACGUCCCUCCCCUGCCCUCCUCUUGCUCUGCUCUUCUCUCCCUCACCACAAAUAGUCGCCGACCUACUGCCAAUCCGCCUGUCUCUCUCUCUCUCUCUUCUCUCUCUCUCUCUCUCUCUUUCUCUCUCUCUCUCUCUCCCCUCUCUCUCUCUCUCUCUCUCUCAACAUGACUGACUGGGAAGCGGUGGCUCGGGCAGAGCAGCUCUGCUGGCGCAGGCAGGAGGAGCAGGAGGAUUAUUAAAUAACGCAGCUCGACUCUGUGCAACUGGGAGUGGAGAGAAGGAGCCCAACAGCCGAGAAGGGGAGGGAGGGCAGAGGAGGGGGACCAGGAAGGACACCCCUGUGCCCCGAAGACAUAAAUCCCUGAGUGCCCGGGAGGAGCCUUAACAAGCGCACGGAGCCCUCAAGGCUGCUAAGUUGGCUUUCACAGUGCAAGCCUUGGAGUCCCAAUGGGGGACUCAGGAUCAAGACGAUCUACCCUGGUCUCCCGGUUGCCAAUAUUCAGAAGAAGUAUUAGCAGAAGACAUGAUUCUCUUCCUUCUUCACCUUCUUCCAGUAAUACAGUUGGUGUCCACAGUUCCUCUCCUUCCAGCACUAACUCAAGCUCAGGUAGCACAGGUAAACGGAGGAGCAUAUUCCGUACUCCUUCCAUUAGCUUCCACCAUAAGAAGGGGAGUGAGCCUAAGCAAGAACCUACCAACCAGAACCUUAGUAUUUCAAAUGGUGCUCAACCUGGUCACAGCAAUAUGCAGAAACUGAGUUUGGAAGAACAUAUUAAGACCAGGGGAAGACAUUCUGUUGGUUUUAGUAGUUCACGAAAUAAGAAGAUAACAAGAUCUUUGACAGAGGACUUUGAAAGGGAAAAAGAGCACUCAACUAACAAGAAUGUCUUUAUAAAUUGUCUAAGUUCCGGCAAAAGUGAAGGGGAUGAUUCUGGUUUCACAGAAGACCAAACUCGCCGUUCUGUUAAGCAGUCAACAAGGAAGCUACUCCCUAAAUCUUUUUCAUCUCACUAUAAAUUUUCUAAGCCAGUUCUACAGAGCCAAUCUAUUUCACUGGUACAGCAGUCUGAAUUCUCAUUGGAAGUUACACAGUACCAAGAGAGAGAACCUGUGUUAGUAAGAGCUUCGCCAUCCUGCUCUGUGGAUGUAACAGAACGGGCAGGAAGCUCUUUACAAUCUCCUUUGCUUUCUGCUGAUCUUACCACAGCUCAGACACCUUCAGAAUUUUUAGCCUUGACUGAAGAUUCUGUGUCUGAAACGGAUGCAUUUUCUAAAAGUGGAAGCAUGGCAUCCCACUGUGACAACUUUGGCCACAAUGAUUCUACCUCUCAGAUGUCUCUCAAUCCUGCUGCUGUUACAAAGACAACAAUAGAACUUAUGGGAACUGUCCCCUGUGCAAUUAUGUCUCCCGGGAAAUAUAGGUUAGAGGGUCAAUGUAGCACUGAAUCUAAUUCCUUACCAGAAACCUCUGCUGCUAAUCAGAAGGAAGUGUUAUUACAAAUUGCUGAACUACCUGCUACAAGUGUGAGACACUCAGAGAGUAACCUACCAGCACAUACUGAAAGAGAAGAAAAUAUAGGGUUACAAAAUGGUGAAACAAUGUUGGGGACAGACUCCCCAAGGAAACUUGGAUUUUAUGAGCAACGUAAAGCAAUAGCUGAACAUGUUAAAGGGAUCCAUCCUAUUUCAGAUUCAAAGAUAAUACCUACUUCUGGUGAUCAUCAUAUUUUUAACAAAACGUCAUAUGGAUAUGAAGCAAAUCCUGCCAAAGUUCUUGCCAGUAGUCUCAGUCCAUUUCGUGAAGGAAGAUUUAUAGAGAGGAGACUGCGAUCCUCGUCAGAAGGUACUGCAGGGAGUAGCAGAAUGAUUUUGAAACCAAAAGAUGGAAAUAUAGAAGAAGUUAAUAGUUUAAGAAAGCAAAGAGCAGGUUCUUCAUCUUCAAAAAUGAACAGUUUGGAUGUUUUGAAUAAUUUGGGAUCUUGUGAACUGGAUGAAGAUGAUCUAAUGCUUGAUCUUGAAUUUUUAGAGGAACAGAAUCUUCACCCUUCUGAUUUUGGAGUGAUGGGGAGGAAUCACCUGGUGCAGUUUGCCGGGAGGACUCAUAUCACUCUGUCGUCUCAUGUGCUGCAGUAGUUCUUACUCCUAUGGAAUCAACAAUAGAAAUGAAGAAAAGAGAAGAACCAAAAUUUCCUGAGCCUUCGAAACAGUGAGUUGUUCAUUUAAUUUUUCAAGGCCUUGUAAAAUCAAUUAGAUAACUGAUAAGAAAAUGUGAUUUAUAAUAAAUGUGUUAAUAUUAGUAUAAAGAAAGAAGAAAUAAAUUUUGUGCAUUAAAAAUAAUCUAUUCUAUAUUGUCUCAAUGAAUAACUUCUGUCUUCAAUUGUGAUCUUAAUGAUGGCGCUAUCAAAUGGAAAUUGUUUAUAUCCUACAUACCUCACACUAUUAUUUUGAGAAUUAAAAGAUAGGUGUGAACAUAUGACAACACAGUAUAAAUGCCAAGAUAGUGAUUAACUCAAAACUCUUGUUUGUCAAUGACAGAAGCCAAAUGUUAACUAGUUUCAGAAAAAAGAAUCAAGAGUGCUGGUGGUUAUCAGCUCAUGUAAUUUAUAAAGUACAAAGGUAGCAAUUUCUUCAAGUACAGUUUUGGUUCUCAAAUGGUAUCAUCAAGGGUCAUUCUAUCUACAUCUUUUUGCUUGACUCUUCUGUCUGGCGUUUUCAUUUUCUGGGAGGAUCCUCUAGUGGUGACAUUGCUGCCUUCAGCAGCAACUGGGAUUGAUUUUCAUUUUCUCCACAAAUCCAGUGGAAGGAGGUAAUUUCUCAUUCCUUUUAAUCAAACCAAAAAUAACCCAGAUUUGAGUGUAAUUGGAUUGGCUUUGACUAGCUUGGCUUGUUUGACAUGGCAAUUCUGAAACAAUCGCUAUAUCCGAAAGUAUUUGGUGGUGAUUGACUAGAUAAUUUGUUGUUGCAUACAAGCCUUGGAACACAGAAUGAAAUUUGGAGGGGAAAGGUGAUUCCACAAUUGACAUAUUGGUGAUAUUGAUAAAAGAAGGCAGAGAUAGAUGAGGUGUCAAAAUAAUGGAUGUUCAAUAUAGGUAAUAUUAUCACCAUUAAUUUUAAAAGUCAGAAUUCUUUAUUAUAUUUAAAUCAUAAACAUUUAAAUACUAAAAUAUAAUGUAUGUAUCUUUAUUUCUUAUUUUAAAUGAUUUUUUACCUACUUAAUUUUAUUUUAUGUUAUUUGUUCUGGCUGUGCUAUUGAGAGGCAGUAUAACUCAGUGGUUAGGAAUCCAGACCUUGGGCAGAUUCUUCCCCCAACUCCCCCAAUUUUCUUAACCCCUGGGCACUGUGGCUUGCACCUAUAGUCACAGAUACUCAUGAGGCUGAGGGGAAAGGAUCAUUUGAGCCCAGGACUUUUAGGCUGCCAAGAGCUAUGACCAUGCCA